AUGUUGUUAAAGGUGGCCCUUCGAGCGGGGGACCCGGAGGAAGACAGCGAGGUCAUGGGACGGAAGCCGGAGUGUGCUUCCUCCGACUGUAAUGUCUGUGGGUUCGGGAAGGAGGGGGGCAUUCCGUUCUGUAAGGUGCUGGAGACGUCGAAGCAGUUAGUGAAGUGGAAGCACUACGGUGACCUGGAGAGGCCCGGGAAGACAACGCUAAGGGACCAAGUGUUGGAGAAGGAGGGCAAGCUCUGCAACCUGUGGGCGGACUUCAAAAUGCACAGCAAGGUGACGGNGUCAAAGCAGUUAGUGAAAUGGAAGCACUACGGUGACCUGGAGAGGCCCGGGAAGACAACGCUAAGGGACCAAGUGUUGGAGAAGGAGGGCAAGCUCUGCGACCUGUGGGCGGACUUCAAAAUGCACAGCAAGGUGUACAUGGCGCAUCACUCAAAGGCCAAGUGGCAGAGAAACUGCCACAACACCUGCCUACGAACGUUUCAGGACGGCGACAUAGUCAUCGAAGCGGACUUCAUCGAAAAGUACACCCAUGAACCCCAAAAAGUUCUAAUCUGCGCGAGACACGACACCAUUACCCUCAUGGUCGCCAUCGUACACUUCUGCCCACAAGAAUGGGAGGGCGGCGGCAGGGUCCACCUGAGCGAGACAUGGGUUUUUGCUUCCGCGGACCCUGCCCACGACUUCGACUUCCAUCUCCAUGCCCUCAAGCAGAUAGCUGACUACUACUUGGAUGGUGAGGGGUCUGCAGCUACUGCAUGUGCGAGGGAGGACAACCGGGUUCCGCGAAUGCUCAUGUUCACGGACGGCUGCGCCAAACAGUACAAGGGCAGGCGCAACUUUCUCUUUUUGUCCAACAGUGUGCGGGAACUCGGCUUUGUCGUGGAGCACCACUUCGCGGCAACCUCUCACUUCAAAGGUUGCCACGACGGCAUCGGCGGCGUUGUGAAGAAUGUCAUGAAGAAAUCGGAGCAGCUCGGCAAGCCGAUCACCGGCGCUAAGGGUGUGGUGGAGUUUGUGGAUAACUAUUUUGCCGACAUCAGCAAGAAGAGCCUCUCCGAAUACUUCUCUAGAUGGUCAGCGCGCCGUAUCCGACGCGUGCACACCAAGCUCAUUGGACCAACCGCGAUCUACAGACCAAAGCGGGAUCUUGUGGGCAUCACCGGUACUCGAGAUAACUACGUCUUCAUUGGGGCCAACACGCCCACAUUAGACGCAUCCACCGCUACCAGACUUGGGAGAAUGGCCGACGUUCCGGACGUCGUCAAGAGGGACUUGUCGUUGGCAACGGGAGUGGACGAAGGGGUGGUGAACGGGACGGGGCUCACAGUCAUGGCGAUAAAGGAGUAUGUACCAUGGAGCGCUGCUUGGGAGGAAAAGCAUGGGGGGGGAGUGGAGAGCGAUGGAGGUGGGGAGGAGGCUUCAGAAGACGAGGGGGAGGAUAGGGAUGGGGGGAGGCGAACCAGUCGGAAGCGGACGAGAAGCCAGAUGCUCGUGCGCUCGGGUGAGGCUGAGGAAGAGGAGGAGGAGGAGGAGCAGGAGGAGGAGCAGGAGGAACACGAUGCGGGGGCGGGGGCCGGGGCGGGGGGGCGCAGGCGUUGCACGCGGGUGAAGAACGUGACGCUGAGGGAUCAGGGAUGGGACGAGUCGUCGUCCAGCGAGGAAGACACCUCUGAAUUCACGGGGGGGUUGGUGGGGGUGUGCAGGCGUUCGGGUCGCAGGCGGGUGAAGAACGUGACGCUCAAGGAUCAGGGAUGGGAUCAGUCUUCCUCCUCCCAGUCUUCCUCCGGCGAGGAGGAAGAAGAAUCCGAGCCGGAAGCAGAGGCAGCUGUGGAUGGAGCGGAUGGAGAGUAUAAGGAGCGGGAGGGGGGGGGGGAAUCAUCGGAAGAGGAAGAAGUUGUGUCGGGGGUAGAGACAGUUAGUGUCGAGAAGCGUACCGUCGACCACGAGGUAUACACCUCUCAAUCGUCCUGUUUUUGCUCAGCCUGCCGAGUGCGUGGUUACGAUAAGUGUUUCGUGUUCGCAAAGUACCCCGCUCUUGUCCCGAAGCUCCAAUUGAGCGUAGUCGAGGAGAAGGUUGUCAUGGAUACCGGGGUAGAUCCGGUUGGAGCGGAGGAGAAGGUUAAGGUUGUCAUGGAUACCGGGGUAGAUCCCGUUGGAGCGGAUGAUGAGGUCGAUGCUCGAAAGGAAAAACAGGAAAUCAAGUUCCGCAAGAAGAGCAGCGUUUGUUUGAUGCAGAGGGUUACCGGUACACAGUUUGAGGAAAAAUACAUAAAAAAACUUGAAGAGGGUGAAGAGGGGGUCGUGUAG